UUUAACCUCUCCCGUCCUGAUAACUAUGGUCGGGCAAGUGACCGUUACCCUUAAACUAUACAGUAUCUAAAUUCUUCAAUAUGGUAAAGAUCUACAAUCGUUACUGUGCUAUGACAUACUUCGUAAUUGACGGCCGGAUGGCCGAGCGGUCAAGGCGCAGUCUACCGCUCUGGGAGAAUAGAAUCCGGACGGAUCGAAAAGUCCUCAGGAAUUUUUCGGAGGUAUGGUCCGACUGGAAAUGUUGACCCCGUCCUUCACCACCCUGCCGCCCCAUUGGGGGCUGGCCAAACCCAUAAUGGGCUUUCUAAAAGAGAUCCUCUUAUUAGAGCUCACAGAGCGGGGGGAAAAAAUACUUUGUGAUUUACAGUUUGGAUUACGGAAUAAUUUAUUGAUGUUUAUUAAAAAAGUUUUUUCAGCUUUGACGAUUUCAAAGAUAGAAUGGCAAUAUAUUUUCUGUCAUUCAUAUAGAUUCCGUUUUGGAAUAUCUUACAAACCGAUACAAGUUUCGGGAGUAGCGUAUCGGGAUGAAGAUAUUCCUGAAUAAAGAGUGAUAUUAAACAUACCUAUGCACCCAGUUGUAAAGAAUAAUUAAAAGAAGAUACUGUUUCGGAAUAAGCCAUAUGUGAAAUAUUUUAAACAACAAUAAAUAUUUUUAGAUAAUGUCUGUUGAAUUUUUGGCUAAUUUUUGGCUAUUCGCUAUUUGUUAGACGAAUCGGGCAGUGAUGUUUAUGUUGAAUAUGUUGAGUUCGUCUUGCGCGAAAUGGUCAGUUCUGCUGAAAAAUUUUAUGUUAAACUUCCAGUCAGUAUCUUUACGGAGAGUUAAUACUGUUGUAUGCCAGAAAUGCAAGUCUCCUGCUAUAACAGAUUUUCCAGUAAAAUACAAUUCAAUACGCAAGUUCUCAGAUAAACAUUCUCUUGAUAAUGAAACGGAAGAAUUAACUAAUGAUUCGGUACUAAAAGACUUUUUAAAGGAAAUCAAACAAGACUUUGGUGAAAGUACUCAUGCGAAAGAAAUUUCCAAUAGUGUAAACAAUGAAGAAAAUGAAACUGUGGAGAAAGGAAACUCAGGAAUAUCAAAAUCCAUAAAAGAAAAGUUUCAACAAUACAGAGACGAUGAUGCAGAAAUAAUAUUGAGCUCCGAAGAGAAGUCUCAGCCUGUUACCAGCUGGAAGCAGAGUGUGGUCGAAGCUGAAGAGGAGGAGGAAUUUUUUCUUUAUCAAGAAAAAACUGAUAAAUUGGAUCGUUAUGCUGAAUUUUUUGAAAGAGGAAAGACCGGUGCUUUUGAUAUUGCUCAAAUGGUACAUAUUUUAAGAGAAGAAAAAGUUUGCGAUAUUGCAGUGAUAAAGAUUCCACCAGCUGCAAAAUAUUGCGAUUAUAUGGUUUUGGGUACGGCUAGAUCUAAACGUCAUUUGCAAGCAGUUAUAGAAUUUAUUAGGAGGUUACAUAAAAAGAAGAAAUUAAAAAGUGAACCGUUUUUGAAAAUAGAAGGUGCUGAUAGUUCGGAAUGGAAAGUUAUGGAUAUGAAAAAUAUUGUAUUUCAUCUAUUUCUUCCAGAAAUUAGACAGUAUUAUGAUAUUGAAUGUUUAUGGACAGUAGGAGAAGAAUAUGAUACACUUUGUAACAAAAAACAAGAUAUGUAUGAAGAUUUAUUAGAACAACAUAUGGAGUUUUUAAAACAUUCAGAACCUUUAAAUUAAAAUGUUUCAUUAAUGUGACUAAAUUUGAUUAGGAAAGUAUUUUGGCUAUUCAGUAACAAGAUUUUUGAUGAUUAUCUUCAAUAUGUGAAGUUUUAAGUUGUUAUAAAAAUUAUUUAUACUAGAUUUAAUAUGGAAAUGUUAAUUUUUUUUUUUUUUUGUAUAAAUCACCAUAAUGGAUAUUUUGUAAAUUUAUCACACACUAAUUUAAUAUAAUUCAAAAAUUGGAUAAAAUGAAAUAAU